AUGGUCACCUACCUGCCAAUUUCAUCACCCUUUAUUCGAUUUGCGGGCCGCUAUGUCGAUGAGGCCUUUGGAGUUGCUGCCGGCUACAACUUCUUCAUAUUUGAGGCUGCCCUAGUGCCCUUUGAGAUCACCGCGUGUAAUAUGAUCAUAAACUACUGGAGCGACGUUAUUCCAGUGAGCGGGGUCAUCGUCAUCGUGCUUGUCCUUUACAUACUUCUCAACGUCUUUGCAGUGCAAUGGUACGGCGAAUCCGAGUUUUGGCUUGCUCUUUCGAAAGUAUUGCUUAGCAUUGGAUUGAUUAUCUUCACAUUCAUUGUGAUGCUGGGCGGGAACCCGAAGGGAGACCGAUUCGGAUUCAGAUACUGGAACGAGCCGGGCGCCUUUGCAGAAUAUUACAAGACCGGUGACCUUGGCCGAUGGCUUGGUUUCCUUGCAUGCCUGAUCCAGGCCAGUUUCACCAUUGCAGGACCCGAUUAUGUGUCGAUGGCAGCCGGUGAAGCAGUCAACCCCCGCGGAGUCUUGCCCAGGACGUAUAACGGUAUAUUUUAUCGACUCACAGCUUUCUUCAUUCUGGGUGUACUUUGCAUCGGCAUUCUCGUUCCCUACAAUGAUCCUACUAUGGCCGAAGCCUUCGCCAAGGGCCUGCCUGGCGCCGCUGCGUCGCCCUAUGUCAUCGCGAUGGACAGACUCGGCAUCCCUAUCCUCCCGCACAUUGUCAACGCCAUGAUCCUGCUGGCCGCUUUCAGUGCCGGGAAUAGCUAUGUUUAUUGCGCCAGCAGAAGUCUGUACGGGCUUGCUUUGGACGGCAAGGCGCCACGACUGUUCACUAAGUGCACCAAGCGGGGUGUACCAAUCUACUGUGUCUCAGUUGUUAUGCUGAUUGCACUUCUUGCCUUCCUCCAAGUGUCGAACAGCGCAUCUGUCGUCCUGGAUUGGUUCGUUAACCUGGUAACUGCUUCUCAGCUCAUCAACUUCUCCGUCAUCACCUUUACCUAUACACGUUUCCGGAAAGCUAUGAUAGCUCAAGGUAUUCCACGCGAAUCGCUUCCAUACAAGAGUUGUUGGCAACCCUAUACUGCCUAUGUUGCUCUGGUUUGCACAACAGUCAUGGCGUUUGUAGGCGGCUAUACUGUCUUUCUGCCUGGGAAUUGGGAUAUCCCGACAUUCCUCUUCUCUUAUACGAUGAUUGGAGUGUUUCCAGUUCUGUACUGCUGUUGGAAGAUCGUAAACCGCACAAAGACGAAGAAACCGGAAGAGGUUGAUCUCGUGACAGGACUUGCCGAGAUUGAGGAGUACGAAAGAAACUACAUUCCUGACAAACCAAGCAACGCGCUCUCGAGGUUCGCUGAUUGGCUUUUCGCUUAG